AUGGUGAAGGAGGCUGCUGAAAAGAAAAAGGCAGCUUUUCCUGGGGUGGGAAGAGGUGAAUUUCAGAAAGCUUCUCAGCUUGUUAUCACACCGAACCCACGGCUUAGUGCUUUGUGUGCCAACCGAGCCAAUGUCUUUGUGCAGUUGCAAAAGCCACGUGCUGCCAUCAGAGGCUGCGACAAAGCCAUAAAGAUGGACCCGAAUUCUGCACAGCCAUACGAGCAGAGAGGGAAAGCGUUUCAUCUCCUGGGUCACUGGCAGCAGUUUGACAAGGACUUUGCACUGGCCUGCCAGAUGGAUUAUGGUGAAGAUACCAAUGACAUGCUGAAGGAGGUUCACAGAGGAGUCCAGACAACCGCCAGGCACCAAAAAAUGUAUGAGGAGAAACAAAACACAGAACAACCACUGGAUGCAUUGCCAAGGGUGGGGGAAUCCAUGUCAGAAGAAGAGAGGGAUCAGCUUCUGGCUUCUCAAGAAAAGGAAAAAGUGCAGCCUCAGAAUGCCCAGCAGCAUGAACAGGUUUACCUUUGGACCUCACAGGAACCUGAUAGUGACUGUUCUAAGGAAUCUGAAGAGCAAAAGCAAUAUCCAGUAGAAGAGAACAAGUUUUACAUGGAAGUUCCAUGUAGAACUGAAGGAGAGGAAAUGCCCAGUGUGGAGCCAAAGAGCAAGGACAGUGAACUCAAUUCUGACAAUGACAGAUUGACUGAGAAGGAUGAAGAUCUUCAGAAAAUGGGAGAUGACAACUUGAAGACAGCUAACAAGAUGAUGAAACAGGCCAUUGAAAAGGAAAGGGAAGCCUUUCAUGCACUGAGAGCAGGUGAACUUCACAAAGCUGUUGAGUUGUUCACUGAUGCCAUCAGGUUCUGCCCAGAACUUGCAGUCCUGUAUGUCAGCCGAGCCAGUGUCUACCUGAGGUUGCGGAAACCAAUAGCUGCCAUAAGGGACUGUGACAAAGCAAUCAAAAUCAAUCCUGACUCUCCACAGCCCUACCACUGGCGAGGGAAGGCAUUCCAGCUCCUGGGUCACUGGCACAAGGCUGCCAGAGACCUUGAACUGGCCUGCCAGCUGGGUGGGAAUGAAGACACCGGUUCUAUGCUAACAGAACAAAACAAAGCUAAUAGAAUCUUGGAAGAACGGGAGAAAGCAAAAAAAAAGGCCCUAGAAGAACUCGAGAGGGCUCAGAAAGAGCUCCUCUGCGAGCAAGAGAAAGCUCAGAAGAAAGCCCUGGAGGAACAGGAGAGGGCUCAGAAAGCCCUGGAGAAAUCUGAGGAAGAGUGUAUUGGAAAGCAAGGGAACUUUAAGGAGAAAGUCCUUGUGCAAUGGGAAAAAGCCAAAGAAAAGCUUCCUGAAGAAGAGGGGCAAUGUCAAAAGAAUGCCGAAGAGACUGGGUCAGUCUGCAAAAUAUUCUCUGAAGAAUUGGAAAUAACUCCAAGGAAGGACCUGAAAGAACGAGCAACAUUGACUUUGCAAGAAGGGAGAGGCUGGGAGAGAGAAGCAGAAGAACAGGGUGCCGGUCCGAAAGCCGCUCUGGAGGAAGAGCUGAGCCCUGUGGGGAGUACAGCCCAGCCAGAAAGUUCACCGAGGGCACCCGCAGAGUCCAUUUGA